AAUCACCUGCGGAUCUGAAGUUUGCGACACCACUUUUCAAUCUACAUUAUUUAUUACAAGAUAGAAGGUUUUGAUUAGGGGAAUUAUUGGAUCGCCUUUUUCCUUUCUGGUCUCACUCCGUUCAUCCACGGAAUCGUUUUAACUUCAACUAUAUCUGCCCCGCAGUCCGUCGCUAUGUCGGCUACGCAACCUUCCAAUGUGGUCCCAGUCAAGGACGACGAUGCGCGAUCGUCUGCCUCGGAGGAUUCUGAUAUCAGCAACGAGGAGGGAUGGGAGGACGUUGAACCCGAUGACGAGACCCAGCCCGUGGUGGGCUUGUUCUCCGAAAAAGUCUAUCCCGAUGUGCACGCCAUGUUGAAGGAGACCAAGGAGAAGUACAACUUCGAUCUGCAGAAGAUCCAAAGAGAGCUCGGUCUGGACUUCUUGGAAAAGAUCAAACUAGUCAACUACCUUCGAUCCCAGGUUAAGGCCGGGAACAUGUCCCCCGACGUGUCUACCAAAGAGAAAUUCGAAGACGAUGCCUACCUCAAACCCGUUCUCGAAGACGAUGCCCUCCUGUACAGCCUGGACGACAUUGAAGACACAGAAUCGGAAGCUCCCCGCGGCACCGAAGCGGAUAAGCGCGUUGUGGAGCUCCAGGAGGAACUCGAACGUCUCCAGAGCCAGUUCUUCGAAUACAGAACCGCCGUGCAGAAAUCUAUGGAAGACCAAUUGACCCAGGAAGACGAUAAAAUUGUCGCCGCUGGGCCAUCGACGCGGACGGCUCCCGGCAAGGCCGAGGAGAUUGAUGCGGAUUAUUUCUCGUCUUACUCUUACAAUGCGAUUCACGAGUCCAUGCUUAAGGAUAGCAUUCGCACCGAUUCCUACCGCGACUUUGUUUAUGAGAACAAGCACGUCUUCAAGGAUAAGGUUGUUUUGGAUGUUGGAUGUGGAACAGGAAUCUUGUCCAUGUUCUGCGCCAAGGCAGGCGCCGCCAAGGUCAUCGCGGUCGACAAUUCCAACAUCAUUGACCGGGCCAAGGAGAACAUCCACGAGAACGGUUUUGGCGAUGUCAUCACGUGCAUUCGUGGCAAGAUCGAAGAAGUCGAAUUGCCUGUGCCGCAGGUUGACAUCAUCAUCUCCGAAUGGAUGGGUUACUGCCUUCUGUUCGAAGCCAUGUUCGACUCCGUCAUCUACGCCAGAGACCGUUACCUCGCACCCGGGGGUCUCAUGGUGCCCUCGCACGCUACCCUCCACAUUGCCCCCUUCGCCGACCCAGACUUCGUCGCAUCGCACGUCUCCUUUUGGAACGAGGUCUACGGGUUCAAAAUGAAGAGCAUGCAGCUCGGCAUCUACGACGAAGCGCUCGUCCGCAGCGUGGAGCCGUCGGUCAUUCCCGCAGAGUCAACCGUUUUCCUUCCUCUCCCGCUGCACACGAUCACGGUCGAGGAGCUCUCGUUCCUGAAGGAGUUUGAGGUCACUCUGAAAGACGACAUCGACGCACUCGACGGUUGGUCCAUUUGGUUCGAUAUCUUCUUCAUGCCCUCGAGAGAUGCCCCCAUCGCGGACGAUGCUGUCGUUUCGGAAAUGAAGAAGAAGGGCAUCGUUUCCUUCACCACUGGGCCCUAUGGACCGGAGACUCACUGGCAACAGGGCGUCCUUCUCAUUGACCACGGCGAUAAGAAGCCUGUGGCCCUUAAGAAGGGCGAGACCAUCAAGGGCAAGGUCGGCUACCAGAAGAAGAGCGAGAAGUCUCGCUCUUUGAACCUGUCUAUUGAAUGGAGUGGAGAGAAUGCUGGGAGCGGGGCCCAGAAGUGGAGCUUGCAGUAAUUUGAAAGUCUCCAAUUAUUUGCUAGCUUCGCUUUAUAUAUAGAUUGGUUGGAACUGGCUUAUGGACGAUGGAAUGAUAUUGGGGGUAUAUAAAAAUAUGUUAUGCUUGAAUCUGGGUAUCUAAAUGAAGAAUUCUUG